UAUACCCGAUUUGGCAUAAAUCACUCACAUUCAAAAUUGUUCUUUGAAAAGUUACACACUUAGAGAUAGAAAAUCGAAACAAAAAUGUUGGGAAAUCAAAAACCACAGAGAAUGGCGUUUACCAUUGAGAAUCUGGCGAAAAGCAGUAGAGAAGAGUGUUUUCCAGAAGUACCGUUAGCCUUUCCAAACUUGCCGCCAAUUGGUUUUGCACCACGACUUCAGCUUCUGGAUAACUGCACUCCAAUCAAGCUGCAAGCAACUGUUAUUCCAUCCAUGAGCACACCAAAGACGAAUUCCAAAAGAAAACGGAACCAUUCUGAAGUCUCGGACACAGAGAGUACCACUUCAAGCAGAUCUAAAUCAACUAGUGAAGAGAGUUGUGAAUCAUUUAGUGCAUCAAUUUCUGAUUCUGAAGAUGGCUCUGACACAUCUGGAAGGAGAAAGAAAGCCCGAACAGCCUUCACAACAGAACAAAUUUGUGAUUUGGAAAAGAGAUACCAAACACAGAAGUACCUUCCAGCCAACGAGCGCAGUGUUCUUGCAGGAAAGCUUAAACUUUCUGAUCAACAAGUAAAAACCUGGUUUCAAAACAGAAGAAUGAAGGAAAAGCGACAACAAAGAGAUGACGACCAGUCAAGAUCAUUUUUGUUACCAACAGGUGGCGUUGACAUUGCUCAACUUGUUGCUAUGGGUAUGCCAUGUCCUCCUCCACAUAACAUCAGCGGAACAAAUAUGUUACAACUUCCUGGUUUUAUUGGAGCACCACACAUGAUGUCGCCACAUCAGAUGUCAACGUUCUCAGCACGUAAAUCACCGUCUGCCAUUGUUCCAGGAUACUACAACUCUCCAUACAGUACUUCAUUUGACCGGAGUUCUCCACAACUUGGUCAUCAUUCGUUUUGAUUUUGUCUGUAUCUUAUUUGAACUAUAUAGUGCUAUAUUCGUUAAGGUUUCCAAAGUGCCAAAUAUUGUAAUUUGAACAUUGUUAUUGUAUUUAAUGUCAUGGUAUAAGAUAAAUAAAAGUAAUAUAAAUGUG